GAACAAAGAAGAAAGCUGCAUGUCCAGGACUUGGUCUGUUUUACACCGUACUGUCUGCCUUCCUUUUCUCAGUGGCCUCUUUAUUACUUAAAAAAAUAGAAGAUGUACAUUCAGUGGAAGUGAGUGCGUUUCGAUGUAUUUUCCAAAUGGCAUUUGUUCUUCCCGGGUUAAUAUACUACAAAACAGGGUUUUUGGGACCAAAAGGUAAAAGAAUUUUUCUUUUCUUCCGAGGAUUCCUUGGCUCUAGCGCAAUGAUUCUUCUCUACUAUGCUUACCAAGUCAUGCCACUAGCUGAUGCCACCGUUAUAACUUUUAGCAGUCCUGUUUUUACAUCACUGCUGGCAUGGAUCUUUCUCAAAGAGAAGUACAGUAUUUGGGAUCUUCUGUUUACCCUCUUCGCCAUCACUGGAGUGAUUCUUAUUGCCAGACCACCAUUUCUGUUUGGGUCAAAUGUUACAGGGAUUGAAGGAAGUUACACAGAGCACCUUAAAGGAACUAUAGCAGCAAUUACAAGCACAGUAUCUGCAGCUUCAACUAUUGUUAUACUAAGGAAGGUGGGAAAAUCUGUGCAUUAUUUUUUGUCAAUUUGGUAUUAUGCUGUCAUUGGUUUAAUUGGAUGUGUUAUAGCAUUGUUUGUUAUGAAUGAAUGGCGUUUACCACAUUGUGGUAAAGAUAGGGUUCUUCUAAUAUUAAUAGGCUUGUUAGGGUUAGGGGGUCAGAUAUUUCUCACAAAAGCAUUACAGAUAGAGAAGGCUGGACCUGUAGCCGUAAUGAAAACAAUGGAUGUGGUGUUUGCUUUUAUUUUACAAAUUCUUUUUCUCAAUCGUCGUCCAACUUGGUGGACUGUAGGUGGUGCCCUUUGUGUAGUAGCGAGUAAUUCUGGAACUGCUAUUCGUAAAUGGCGACAAACCUUGAAGAAAUCUAAAGAAAAUGAAAUCUAA